CCAAUGAUAUAAUUAGAAUGCGAAAGGCUUAAGAGAGUUCAUAGGAGAACGGAAAUUUAAUUGGUUGUUAGAUCUCAAUUGUCUUUCAGAUUGUUUGAGAACUUUGUAAAUUUUGCCUAGAACUUAACUUGAACAUUGUUUCGCAAUGAAGAGAGCCUUACAUCCGAUGGAACGUCUGGGAAUAACGGAAGACUCACGGUUACUUGUGAAUCUCCUAGAUGAAUCUGGCGAAUUGAAUCCACAAUCAUUUGACGUCCCUGUUUCAACCACGAAGCAGCAACUCACUGAGAUUCUUUACUCGAUCUUGAAAAGUACCAGUAAGGAAGACAAAGACUCCUUUAAAGUGCCUUACUCGUUUUACAUAGACGACAAAGAAGUUUUGAGUUCGUUGCAGAAAACUAUUGACUGGUCAACAGUUAAUGUUGAAAAACCGAUAGACGUUAUUUACCACGCACAAGCCGUGUUCAGAGUUAGAGCUGUAGCUCGAUGCACUUCGACGUUAGAAGGUCACUCUCAGCCUGUUUUGCACGUAGCAUUCUCACCCACGGGAUCCCAACUAGCAUCGGGAUCUGGUGAUACAACGGUACGCUUUUGGGAUCUGAAUACUGAGACCCCUAAAAAUACUUGCUCAGGACAUUCGGACUGGGUUUUGGCACUGGCUUGGGCGCCAAAUGGGCUCAAGGUAGCAUCUGGCUGCAAAAGAGGCGAAGUCAUGGUUUGGAAUGCUUCAAACGGAUCUCAGAUGGGUAAAAAGUUGGUUGGGCAUAAACAGUUUAUAACUUGUAUUGCUUGGGAACCUUUGCAUCUUAACGGCGAAUGUGUGAGAUUUGUCAGCUCGAGCAAAGACGGCGAUUGUCGAAUUUGGAAUAGUCAAACGAUGCUAUGUGAUUUUGUUUUGUCAGGUCAUUUGCAGUCGGUUACCUGUGUCAAAUGGUCUGGUCAGGGUGUUAUUUACACUUCGUCCCAGGACAGGUCUAUAAAAGUUUGGGAUCCUUCUAACGGCCAAGUUAAAAAGACAUUGCAAGGCCAUGGCCAUUGGGUGAAUACUCUUGCUUUGAAUUCCGAUUAUGUAACAAGAAUAGGAGCUUUUGAACCCAAAGACGCAUCAAUUUUGCCCACAAGUUUCGAUAAAAUUGAGGCUGAAAAGUUGAAAUCAGAUGCGUUUAACAAGUAUGAAGAUUUUUGUAAAACAAAUUUGGAAAGAUUGGUGUCAGGGUCUGACGAUUUCACGUUGUUUCUGUGGGAGCCUUUAAAGAGUCCGAAACCUUUGAAUCGAAUGACUGGUCAUCAAGCUUUAAUCAACGAUGUUAGAUUCAGUCCGGAUGGUCGAUUGCUGUCUAGCGCAUCCUUUGAUAAGUCGAUAAAAGUUUGGAAUGGAAAAGACGGAAAAUUUUUGUACUCCUUGCGAGGCCAUGUAGCAAGUGUGUAUCAAUUAGCAUGGUCGGCAGAUUCGAGAUUGAUUGCAUCGGCUAGUGAAGAUUCGACGAUAAAGCUCUGGCAGGAGGGUAAACUUCUGUUAGAUUUGCCUGGACAUGCAGAUCAAGUGUAUGCUAUUGAUUGGUCACCUGACGGUCAAUGCGUAGCCACGGGAAGCAAAGACAAAACUUUGAAAAUAUGGAGAAGAUAAAAUUAUUUUCCCCUUAAUUUUUAAAUGUUUUGUCUUCAAUAAGGAUGAUCGAAUUAAAUUGAAAUUUGCUGAUCACGGUUUUCUGUUCAAA